AUGUCUUCGAGGCGAAAGUCAUCCGGCAAAUUCGCGGCUCCGGUCGUCAAGUCCACCCCCAAGGCAUCCAAGACGACAAUCGACGAGAGCAGGGCGGCCGUCUCUGCGACGGACUCGUUACAAGCCGCGCUGACGGGCAACAAUGAAGCGAUUGAGAUCUCCUCCGAUGAGGACAGCGACGAGGAUGUCUCCGACGAGGAGAUGGGUGCACCUGAUGCCGAGGCCGGCGACGCAACGGAGACGGUGAACGGCAAGGACGACGACGCCGAAAACCCCACACAACAACAACCCAAGACAGACGCCGAGGGCGCUGAGGACGAGGAGGAAGCGGGAUCGCCCACCUUUGGCGAGCUCCUGCGGGGCACAAUCGACGUUCCCGCCAUCCUGUCGCAACAAGGCGAUUCCAGUAAGGCCGUCGUCUCGCAGUCAUCAAGAAAGAACCUUGCCCCGCCAUCGCUAUCCUCCCUGAGCACCGUCCUCACCCAGGCGCUCAAGACCGAAGACACCGACCUCCUCGAAUCCUGCCUGCAAAUCAACCACCUCGAAACCAUCCAGCAGACAAUUGAGCGCCUCGACAGCAGUCUCGCCGGCAUUCUCCUCACCAAGCUCGCCUCCCGAUUCCACAGGCGGCCCGGCCGCGCAGGCAGUCUCAUGACCUGGGUCAAGUGGACCCUCGUCGCACACGGCGGCGCUCUGGCUGUUCAACCCAAGGUCCUCGAGCGGUUAGUCUCUUUACAAAAGGUCCUCAGCGAGCGCUCGCGCGGCCUGCCCAGCCUGCUCGCUCUCAAGGGCAAGCUUGACAUGCUGGAGGCGCAGAUGCAGCUCAGGAAUGGGCGGCAACGCAGGGGCGGUGCCGGCCAGACCGAUGACGCCGACGAGGACGACGAGGAGGAGGGUGCCAUCUACGUCGAAGGCGAGGAGGACGCCGAGGAGGACGCCGACGCGGCCAACGGCCCCGGCUCAAGAAAGGCUAUGUUGGCCGCCGACGAUGACGACGAAGACGUCCCCGCCACAAACGGCUUCGUCGGCGACUCGGAUGACGAAGACGACGACGAAGAUGCCAUGGCGGCGGAGGACGAGAGCUCGGGCGAGGAGGUUGUCGACGAGGACGACGUGGACUACGAGGACCUGGAAGAUUCGGACGACGACGACGACAGCGACGCGGAAGCCGCGCCGCCGGCCAAGGUUCAGAAAACUGCUUCUUCGUUUGCCAAGAGAAAAUAA